CUCUGCGACCUUCUCUUUACCAACAUCGCCAUUAUAUAUACCAAACAUCUGCACUGUAUAUCACUUAAAAAUACAAUGCACAUAGGCGCGGUUGUCCAAGGCCUCAUUAUCUCAGCGCUCUACCCUAAUCCACCGCUGGCCACAGCAGCCGACCCGCCCGACCUCUGUGCUGGCGCCAACAACAGCACACUUGCACAGUGUCAGCGGUUGUAUGGUGGGAAACAGUACAGCACGCUACCUGACUGUAUUGAUGCUGCGGAGCUGCCCAUCUCUAAAUGUCUGGAGGAGGCAGUUGUGCAGUCGCUUGGGAUCCCGGCCUGCGAUAUUGGCCGGUUUGACAGCAAUUACCCAGCGCGCUACCUGUCGUGCAUCUCACGGAACGGCGGCCGAUCGUACUACGAUGGAUGCAACUGGUGCACAUGUACGUGCACAGGACUGUCAGCUUGCACGAGGAGAGCCUGCAUUACUCCAGCGCCGCAACUAUAACGAGUCUAUGCAUGAUGUAUCAAGUAAAGCAAGAGUGUUAUAUUGGAAUUCGCCAUAGAAUACAGGUAGUGUUACAGCUGCUUGGAGUGCUUAGUAGAGUCCGUGGAGGCCCUCG